CCUAAACUAGCACACAAGCCUGCAAAUGUAUGUAAUUUCAAUAAAGCAAUAACCGAUAAACAAAUCCCAAUUGAAACGCAGUGCAAUAAGUAAAAGCAGAGAGCACGUCGCACUUUACUAUACUCAUACUCAUAAACAAAUCCCAGCCGUUCUUUGUGAAGUGUAUCAAUGUGUGAGUAAAUAAAAGUAAAAACAAUCGAAUCCCUUCUAACUAAUUAGCAGCUUUAAGUGAAUUUCAAACAGAUGUUAAUGUUUAAAUUCAAACUAAGAAGCAAUAUUGUGUUUUAGUCAGGUAAAAAUACUAAAAGGCUGCAAUUGACAACGUGAAAUUUUGGGAGAUGAUUUUAUCGGCACCCAUUUUGACUGUUAUUAAGUACAGCUUCCUCGGCCUUGUUGUUACCGGUGCCGGAUUUUUAAUUGCAAACACGGCUCUUACUUUGCGUUAUAAGAGCGAAAAGAUGGAACACUUACCUUACAGAGGGCAAUUCUUUCCUAGAAAUGUAUCUUUGGAUAGGAAUUCCCUCUUCUGCUUGACUCAUCCCAGAAAACCAUUCUGUCUGAUGCCAGCCAAGAAAAGAGAAAAACUCUUAAAGAGCAUUUCAUCGGGUGAAGUCAGAGAAUCAGGAGUCGUUCGCCCUUUUUAUUGGUUCAUUAAAGACUUUGUUGAUUUUGCGAACCACUUUAAAGUGGCUCCGAUAUUGUUGGAACCUUCUAUUCUUUUCUGCAUGUUAUCCACUCUACAGAAAUACUUAUUGUUCACAAACAAUCUGCAGACGAAGAUCCUGCACGGACCGCCCCACCAUGUCACUUUUGGCAUUCUUGAAAGAGAAUCAAGAAUAUUCACUCAUGAAACUUCUGUUAAUAGAUCGGCAACACUGGGUUUCGAGUUUUCAAGGAGUCGUGGACAACUCUAUCAGAAUGGCGAGUUUGUUGAUACGAGUUUCUCCUUCAGCCGUCGAAACUUAACUGUGACUGUGAUCGUGUUUUUCGAGAGAGAAACCUUUUACUGGCAUCCGGGUUUAUUGGAAAAUAAAUCCUCUGCAUUUCUGCCUUUACAGUUUGCAAGAAGUCAAGCCUACGAGAAUUUCACGGCAGUUCCUUUCAUACUUGAGGAUGGUCGGCAGAGUGGCCUUCAUCUGCCAUCAGAGGUCACUCACUUCUUGCUUCAAGUCCAAAACUCUGAAUUCGAAGAAUGUUGGCCACUCUCUGUCAGUGAAGGGCUCUCACACCCGACUCUCUCUCGUGAACAGCUCUUCAAGAGGGCACUCAUCACAAUCCAAGAAAUGAAAUCAGUCCUCAGACCUUUGUUGGGCACAUUUUGGCUAUGGAACAACACACUUUCUGGUUGGAACGAUAACUGCGACAUUUUUCAGAAGACUUUAGACUUUCAUAUAGCUGUAGCUCUCCCUGUUUCAGCUGAUUGGAAAAUGGAUCUGAACAGCAUGUUUAUGAACAACGAAUAUUUACGUCCAGUAGAGUACGAUAAAUGGGAUGAUUUUCAACUUCACUUAACGUUGGAUUGCUACGGACUGCGCAUUCAUAUUACUUUAAUUUAUGCGGAUCAUGAAACAAUGUGGAAUUACGAAAGGGACAGAACAGGAAAUUUAAUAAAGAAUAACUAUCCAAACCUGCAACUUUGUUCUACUUCUGUUCUGGGACAGCUAGUUCACAAACCAUGCUCCAAUCAAGCAGCUCUUUAAUAUAUGUACUUUUUUUUCUAUUGUUAUACAGUAAUGUAAUGUUUGUUAGAUUUUUAUGCAAUUUUUACGUUGUUGAACAAUGUUAGAUGUUAAAAAAAUAUAUUAUUGUUUUUUAA